UCGAAGAACGAACACUAUAGUGGUUGUUGGUAUAAGAUCUUGCGUUAGUAUAAUCCGUACAACUCGCGAACGUUCGAAUACCCGCAGCCCCUAAACUGGUGAGCCCGACCACGAACUACAGGCAACCACUAAACUGGUGAGCCCAACCACGAACUACAUCUUCAAUUCACACACAGAUAAACCCGGUGAGUUCGUUCCUUUUUGUGUUUAUUCUUGUACUAUAUUGUUAUCGGCAUACUUUUCGUCAUGAGUGAUCCUAGCCCCAAGGUUAUUCAGAUUCGCUCAGCCGCCAAAACAAUCCAGCUAGUACCAUAUUGGCCCGAUAAUGCUGAAACGUGGUUUCAGAUUGCUGAGUCUGAUUUUUGUGAACAUGGCAUAACUGAUCAACGUUCACAGUUCCUUGCAGUUAUUCACGACCUACUGCGGGAAUUCAGCAAGUGCGUAACUCUGCAGAUGUCGGUAAGUAACUCGUACGAGUUGCUAAAAGCAUCCAUCCUCAAGAGAAACGUUCUCACAGAUCGACAACGUCUGGAUGAGUUAUUUCGUAACAUCGAGUUAGGAGAUCAGUCAGCCGUGAGCAUGCUGGCAAGAAUGAAAGAGAUCAUUGGCCAAAGUCAGUUCGAUGAAGGACUGUUUAGAGAACUAUUUUUAUCCAAACUGCCACAGUCAGUUCAGACUGUACUUGUGACACUUCAGGGUGUUCUCAUAGAUGAUUUAGCUGUCUCUGCAGAUAGAAUUCUAGAGAUAACGAAACGGCCAGUUACUGAAGUAUACUCUGUUACCGAACAGACUUCGAGAAAGGAUUCUGCAAUGAUAGAGUUAUGCAACUCCGUCCAGCAGAUGCUUAGGUCAAACAAGCCUAGCAAUUCCUCCUAUCGUCGUUCUAAAUCCCCUCAACGGCAAAGUGCACGUGGACGAUCUAAGUCCAACACACGCUCUCUCAAAAAUCCUGACUGGUGUUGGUAUCACAACACCUAUGGCAAGGAAGCGAAAUGUUGUCGAAAACCUUGUGAUUUCGGCAAAGCCUCCAAGUCUGUGGGAAACUAUCCCGCCGGCACGCGUUAGCGGCAACCGU